UAAAAUAUUGAAACUCCAUUGAAGAGAACCUCUCGUGCAUUCUGUGGGAGUCAUAGUUCCUCCCACCUAUCCUCAUUUUCUCAACAAAAUCAUCCAAACCUCAAAACCGGGGGAAAAGGGGGGAUUCUCUUUUUGAAUAUUUUAUAUACAUUUUUAUCAUUUAUUAAUUUACUUUAAUUAAUUCUUUGAUAGUUUCUUCAAUUCGUCAUUUGAUUGCAUCUGAUUUAGUUGAAUACGGAAAUCUAGCGGACCUAGUUCUGCAAAAUCAUGGAACCCUCGUCGCCAAAGCUCUCGCCGCUCGAUUUGUUGGCGGCGAUCUUUAAAGGCGACAUCGAGGGGGCGGCGCCGCGUGGUGUGGCAGCGAUGCUCAUGGAGAAUAGGGACCUCGCCAUGCUCCUCACUACAUCGCUCGCGCUGCUCAUUGGCUGCGUCGUGCUGCUGGCCUGGCGCCGCACCGCCGGAUCGGCUGCGAAGAACCAGCUUCCGCCGCCCAAGCUGGUGGUGCCGAAGUCAGCGGUGGAGCCGGAGGACCCGGAGGAUGACAAGACCAAGGUCUCGGUUUUCUUUGGCACACAGACUGGCACAGCUGAAGGUUUUGCAAAGGCAUUUGCUGAGGAAGCUAAAGCUAGAUAUCCACAGGCAAAUUUUAAAGUAAUUGACUUGGAUGACUAUGCUGCCGAUGAUGAUGAGUACGAGCAGAAGUUGAAGAAGGAGAGUUUAGCAUUCUUCUUCCUGGCCUCAUAUGGAGACGGUGAGCCUACUGACAAUGCUGCGAGGUUUUACAAAUGGUUUACUGAGGAAAAAGAAAAGGAGGAAUGGCUUAAGAAUCUUCAGUAUGGAGUGUUUGGUCUGGGGAAUAGACAAUACGAACAUUUCAACAAGAUUGCGAUUGUGGUAGAUGACCUUAUCACCGAGCAAGGAGGAAAGAAGCUUGUCCCAGUAGGCUUGGGAGAUGAUGAUCAAUGCAUUGAAGAUGACUUUGCUGCAUGGCGUGAAUUAGUUUGGCCUGAGUUGGAUAAAUUGCUCCGAAAUGAAGAUGAUGCAACAGUGUCUACACCGUAUACAGCAGUGGUUUUGCAGUAUCGUGUUGUGCUCCAUGACCAAACAGAUGGAUUUAUUACAGAGAAUGGCUCUCCAAAUGGUCAUGCCAAUGGUAAUACUGUUAUUGAUGCUCAACAUCCCUGCAGGGCGAAUGUUGCUGUAAAGAGAGAACUCCACACUCCUGCAUCAGACCGUUCUUGCACUCAUUUGGAGUUUGACAUAUCAGGCACAGGACUUGUUUAUGAAACAGGGGACCAUGUUGGUGUCUACUGUGAGAAUUUGCUUGAGAAUGUGGAGGAAGCAGAAAAAUUACUAAAUCUUUCUCCACAAACAUAUUUUUCGGUUCAUACUGAUAAUGAGGAUGGCACACCACGCAGUGGGAGCUCCUUGCCACCUCCGUUUCCCCCUUGCACUUUGCGAACAGCUCUUACUAAAUAUGCAGAUCUUAUGAGUAUGCCCAAAAAGUCUGUGCUAGUGGCAUUAGCGGAAUAUUCUUCGGACCAAAGUGAAGCUGAUCGGCUCCGGUAUCUUGCAUCUCCUGAUGGAAAGGAGGAAUAUGCACAGUAUAUAGUUGCAAGUCAGAGAAGCCUACUUGAGGUCAUGGCCGAGUUCCCGUCUGCCAAGCCUCCUAUAGGUGUUUUCUUUGCAGCAGUUGCUCCUCGCCUGCAGCCCAGAUUUUAUUCUAUCUCAUCCUCCCCAAAAAUUGCACCAACCAGAGUUCAUGUGACUUGUGCUCUAGUUUACGACAAAAUGCCAACAGGACGAAUCCACAAGGGUAUAUGCUCUACAUGGAUAAAGAAUGCUGUGCCUUUGGAGGAAAGUAGUGAUUGCAGUUGGGCACCAAUAUUUAUUAGGAACUCUAACUUCAAACUCCCUGCUGAUCCUAAACUACCGAUAAUAAUGGUCGGCCCCGGUACUGGCUUGGCUCCGUUUAGGGGUUUCCUUCAGGAAAGGUUAGCUCUAAAGGAAUCUGGAGCUAUACUUGGUCCUGCGAUUUUAUUUUUUGGUUGUAGAAACCGUACACUGGAUUUUAUUUAUGAGGAUGAGUUGAAUGGCUUUGUCAAAGCUGGAGUAAUUUCUGAGCUCAUAGUUGCAUUUUCGCGGGAGGGACCCACAAAGGAAUACGUACAGCACAAGAUGUCUCAAAGGGCUUCAGACGUGUGGAAAAUGAUCUCUGAUGGAGGCUAUGUAUACGUCUGUGGUGAUGCUAAGGGAAUGGCACGUGAUGUACACCGGACUCUCCACACAAUUGCACAAGAACAGGGUUCUCUGAGCAGCUCCGGAGCUGAGGGCAUGGUAAAAAAUCUGCAAACGUCAGGAAGGUACUUGCGCGAUGUCUGGUGAGGAGCCGGAGGUUGUCAUUACAGUAUUGCUAGGUUCUGAAGUACAAAGGGAGGCAAUGUGCACAGACUACUCCUUGCCUUCAGAAGAUUGUUGUUACAUUAUCAGUUUGUGAAUUUUGUUUACAUUACAUAUUUUUGUUGGUAUUUUUGACCCUCUCGAUCUCUAAAAGAUUUUUCGGUUCGUAUAACUUAUAGUUAUACUACAGAUGUACGAUAUGCGAAUAAUGUCGACGCAAUGUUAGAUAUUAUAAUAACUCUUCAUAUGCCUGCAGAUGGCUGAGACUAAGGUUUUCUUUCAA